UUCCAGUAAUUUGCCAAAAUGACGAACACAAAGGGAAAGAGGAGAGGCACCCGAUAUAUGUUUUCUAGGCCUUUUAGAAAACAUGGAGUUGUUCCUUUGGCCACAUACAUACGAAUCUACAAGAAAGGUGAUAUUGUAGACAUCAAGGGAAUGGGAACUGUUCAAAAAGGAAUGCCCCACAAAUGUUACCAUGGUAAAACUGGAAGAGUCUACAAUGUUACCCAGCAUGCUGUUGGCAUUGUUGUAAACAAACAGGUUAAGGGCAAGAUUCUUGCCAAGAGAAUUAAUGUGCGUAUUGAGCAUAUUAAGCACUCUAAAAGCCGAGACAGUUUCCUCAAACGCGUGAAGGAAAAUGAUCAGAAAAAGAAGGAAGCAAAAGAGAAAGAAACCUGGGUUCAACUGAAGCGCCAGCCUGCUCCACCCAGAGAAGCACACUUUGUGAGAACGAAUGGCAAGGAGCCUGAGCUGUUGGAACCUAUUCCCUAUGAAUUCAUGGCAUAAUGGAUGUAAAAAUAUAUAAAAUAAAAGGUUAAGACUGCCGUACUAUGAAACUGUUUCUGUUAAUUGAGUAGAAGUGUGAUGUCCCCUCCCCCAAAGAAAUACUGGAAGCAAA